GAAAAAUGCGUGGCACAGGGGAUGGUAGGUUCCUGAAAAGACCAAUAAUUUAUUAUUUAUUGGAGAAAAAAUUUGGUUGUAAAUCGAAGUGGGGCUGAUGCCGGCGAAUGAUAGAGAUGGUAUAAUGGAAUCAGAAUUCGUAAAAGGAAAAUAAACCAGAAACUAAAGUGAAGGAAUUGAAAAAGAAGAGAAGAGACGGCCUCGCUAUAAAAGGGUGUUUCUUUUUUGCCUUUUGGUUGUUCUUACACUUUCUCACACGUUCUUACCACUUGCCAUUGGUGGCAUUUUAGCCCUCAUAAAACAGACACUGCAUCAGACCCAACACCAGCACCCUCCCAAAUUGUUUUUUCUGGUCAUAAUUGUGCUCGGAAGGAGCUGAAAUGGCGAGGGAGAAGAUUCAAAUCAAGAAGAUUGAUAACGCCACUGCUAGGCAAGUGACCUUUUCUAAGAGAAGGAGGGGACUUUUCAAGAAGGCUGAGGAGCUCUCCGUUCUCUGCGAUGCGGAUGUUGCUCUUAUCAUAUUUUCUUCCACUGGCAAGCUCUUCGAGUUCUCAAGCUCCAGUAUGAAAGAGAUACUUGAGAAGCAUAGUUUACAAUCAAAGAACCUUGAGAAACUUGAGCAACCAUCUCUUGAGUUGCAGCUAGUAGAAAACAACAAUCACUCCAGGUUGAGCAAGGAAGUUGCAGAUAAAAGCCAUAAGCUGAGGCAGAUGAGGGGAGAAGAACUUCAAGGAUUAAAUAUAGAAGAUCUGCAGCAACUAGAGAAAUCCCUUGAAGCUGGAUUGAGCCGAGUGAUACAAAAAAAGGGUGAAAGAAUCAUGAAAGAGAUAACCGAUCUUCAGUCAAAGGGUGUCCAAUUGAUGGAAGAGAACGAGCGAUUAAGACAACAAGUGGUAGAGAUUUCCAACCGCCGAAGGCAGGUUGCUGGUGAUUCAGAAAACAUGUUCCACGAGGAAGGCCAAUCAUCUGAGUCUGUAACCAAUGUUAGCAACUCCAAUGGGCCUCCACAAGACUAUGAAAGUUCAGAUACAUCCCUCAAAUUGGGGCUGCCAUACUCUGGUUGACGGGUAUAACCAGUGGAGGAAGUCGGGAACUACUGUGGCUGAAGAGACUGGAGUUUUUCAGGAACAUCAACUCAAUUAAAUGGAAUGUAAAAUUAACCCCCACGCUAUAUGUUAAAUAUACACACGAUUACAAGUCAAUGAGACGGUAAUAUUUCAAGGUGCAAGUUGAACCUUGUCAAUGCACUCUGGUAUAUAUAUCUUGUGUCCUUUAUAGCAAA